AUGGAGAACAUUCCAAAGAUUGUCGAAGCCAUCCGCCAGCCUGCGGAGGUGCUCUCCCAACAUCCAGAUGAUCUUGAUGUGAAGCAAGCACUUGCAAAAGCCAUCAAUGCUGCAACGAGAGCUUUGGAACAGCUCACUAGUGUUUCCACGGGAUCGCUUCAAGACAUCAAUCUAAUUAUCGAGGGGAACGAACAGGUUUUAUCGGUCGUGCCAGAAAAGCAUGCGUUCCGUGCGACUUUGUUGGGCGACCUCUCCCAGGCAUAUUAUCAACGAUUCUCCAUGCCGGGAUCCGACGGAAACGUAAACGACCUGAACAGGGCUGUGCAACUUGCCGAAGAAGAUGUUCCAGCCACGCGCCCAGAAACGGAGCAGCGGAUGUUAGCUUUAGCCAACCUCAACCAAAUGUUACAAAACCGGUACGACUACACGAGAGAUAAGCAAGACAUCAAUCGGGCCAUCAGCGUGGGUGAAGAUGCGGCGGAGAGGAUACCCAAGGACUCGCGUUACACUGCCCUGAUUUUGUGUCGGCUUGCUAUCUCGCGUGGUAAGCUGUUCGAGCUCACACACAACCUAGACGACGCCGAGCGAGCUCUCAACACGGCUGAGGCCGCUGUAAAGACAGCAAAAUCACAGGGGGACGUGCCUGGUGUGGCAUUCGGUUCCAACACUCUAGCACGAAUUCUGGGGAGGCGGUUCGAGCAAACAGCGAACAUUGAAGAUCUGGAUCGUGCAGUCGACCUUCUCACUGCCACUGUGCCACUGAUUCCAACGAAUCAGAUAGACUAUGUGGUUGGUGCAGGCUACCUGGCAACCUUGCUGGGUAUCCGUUACGAGCAACAAGGGGAUGUUGACGAUCUCAGUGCAAGCAUUUCAUACACGAAGAGUGUGCUGCAGUUGAUAAGCAAUGACGAUACUGAAAGACCUGUUCAGUUGUUUAACUUGGCGAACAGGCUUGUUGAGCGAGCGCAAUAUACCGGUGUCCUCAGCGAUCUCGACGAUGCCGUUGACUGCGGGCGACAAGCUUUGCGCCUGGUGCGUGCAAAUCAUCCAGAACGGACCAAUUGGCUCAGGGGACUCAGCCAGUUCCUGGGUAUACGGUUCAGCAUGGGUUCAAAGCAUCCACAGGACAUUCAACAAGCAAUCGACCUCAGUAGAGAAGCGGCUCAGGUGGUUGACGGCGAUGACAUGGGGAUGCGCGCGGCAGUGGCGAACGUUCUUUCAAAUCUGCUGAAGGAAAAGUACGAUCACUAUGGCGAAGCUGCCGACUUGGACGAGGCCAUUAAUAUCAUUAGAGAAGUCAUUCAUGGUGGUCUACCAGAAAGUCUUCCUGAGAGAGUGUACCUGGAAUUCGGCUUGGGGGACGCGUUGCAUGCUCGAUUUGACCAUACUGGCGACGUUACGGAUCUUCAGAAUUCUAGAGAGGCCUUUCAGCGAGCAUGGGAGUCUCGAGCUGCACCGCUCACGAUUCGAAUUGAUGCUGCGGUUCGGGCUGCUGAUGUUGCCAAGGAGCAGCUGGAGAGUCACGAUUCCUCGGAUCCAUCGUUGCUACUCCAAUACUGGACGGAAGUCUCAUCGGACCUCGACCGUGCUCUCAGUCUUCUCCAUGCUUUGAGCCCCCGACAUAUGCAGAAUGUCAACAAGCAACAAAUGCUGAAGCGAUUCGCUGGUCUUGGCGCCAACGCUGCCGCCGCCGCUUUGAAUGCAGGGAAGGAGGCCUCGUAUGCUCUGCAGCAGCUAGAGCUCGGGAGGGGCGUGAUAUCUGGUCUUGUUCUUGAUCUCCGAACUGAUCUGUCAUUUCUUCGAGAGGAACACUCAGAAUGGGCAGAUGAUCUUUCCCGUCUUCGCAGCAUAUUAGAUUCCGGUCAUUCCGCACUAUUAACGACUGGCUCGUUGGAGUCGGGUUCACAAGCUCGCCGCCGAGCAGAGAUGGACCUUGAAAAUCUUCUAACCAAGAUCCGCAGCGAGAAAGGUUUCGAGAGAUUCUUGAUGCCGCCUACCGUCGAGCAGCUCAUGGAAGCCGCCGACUCGGACCCUGCUGUUGUGGUAAACGUGUCUUCGUUCCGAUGCGAUGCUUUUAUCGUUGAUAAGCACCGCAUCAAGCUGCUGGAGCUUCCCCUUUUGCGCCUCGAAGACAUACAGUCAUACGCCAAGGGACUGAAGGACCGUCCCGACUCGCUGUCUUCGGUGUUAGAGUGGCUAUGGUCCUCAGCAGUGCAUCCAGUUCUCAUCGCACUUGGUCUCGACCGCCCUCUCCCUCUGGAUGAAGAUUCAUGGCCGCACAUUUGGUGGAUACCGGUUGGCCCCCUCAACAGUUUACCACUGCAUGCCGCUGGAUACCACAACAAGCACUCUGGAGAAACAGCCCUCGAUUGUGUCAUGUCGUCAUACAGCUCAUCGCUAAAGUCUCUGCUUGCCGGCCGUCGCCAGAAGAUUCCGCAGUAUGAUUCCGGCCCAAUCAACGCGUUGUUGGUUUCAAUGAAGAGCACACCACGCAGAUCACCACUGCAGUACGCAGAGCCCGAAGUCGCCAUGCUGCAGAAACUCUGUCCGGCCUUGAAUGCGACGCCUAUUCGUCCCAUCCAAGACAAAGUAAAUGUCUUGGAACAGCUCGGCACAUGCGAUAUCUUUCACUUUGCGGGUCACGGCACGUCGAACUCAUCGGACCCCUCCCAGAGUGCCCUCCUACUCCGCGACUGGGAGAAGAGCCCGCUGACGGUGGAAGACCUCCGCAACGAGAAGCUGCAAGAGAAGCCACCAUUUCUUGCCUAUCUCUCUGCUUGUUCCACAGGGGCCAAUGAGGUGCUUGGGUUGGUUGAUGAAGGGAUCCAUCUCGGCUACGCAUGCCAGCUUGCGGGCUUCCGUCAUGUUGUAGGCACCCUAUGGACCGUGUCUGAUCCCUUUUGCGUCAACGUAGCUCGGAAGUUUUAUGAGACGAUCAAAACUGAGGGGAAGACAGAUGCAGCGGUCCAUCGAGGACUUCACUUAGCAUUGAGGGAGCUACGAGAUGUUCAGGUUGGCGCAACUACCCGCGGCUUUAGCAAUGGUGCUAUUGAUGUUGUAAUCCCAGAUGACGAGGGAGAAGGGAUGGCCAUACCAGGAAGAGAGAAUGUCGACAGUAAUGAUGACGGUAAUGAUGGGGGCCGCACUGCACAGAGUUCUGGGUCUAGAAAAGGAGACGGAGUAGAUGAUGAGGAACCGUCCAUGAAUUCGCUUUGGGUUCCAUUUGUUCACUUUGGUGUCUGA